GUUUAUCCCAAGAUGGAGGCCGCAGCUCGGCGGUGCUGACGGCCGGCCCGCGUGGGAGCGAGCCGGACUGGGGGUGCCGGGGGGCCGCGGUUCCUCUCGCCGCUGGGCAGCGCGGGCUGCCCGGCCUGCCCUGUCGCCAUGCCUCACAAGAAGAAGAAACCCUUCAUAGAGAAGAAGAAAGCAGUAACGUUUCACUUAGUGCACAGAAGUCAGAGGGAUCCACUUGCUGCUGAUGAUACUGCACCCCAGAGAGUUCUGCUGCCUACACAGAAAGGGCAUGAGGAGCGAAGGAGGGAAGAGCAGCGGAAGUACGGAGUAUUCUUUGAUGAUGACUAUGACUAUCUUCAGCAUCUAAAAGAAGCCUCUGGUCCCUCCGAGCUUGUCCCUUCUGUGCCUGGGCAGCAAAGCAGAAUUGUUGUCACAAAUGAGGGGCGCAUAGAAGAUGAAAUUCAGCGAGUUCCAGCUCCAUCUAUUAAGUUACCUUCCUCAGUAUUUGCCACAGAGUUUGAAGAAGACGUGGGCUUGUUAAAUAAAGCUGCUCCUGUUUCAGGACCACGGCUAGAUUUUGACCCUGAUAUUGUUGCAGCUCUUGAUGAUGAUUUUGACUUUGAAAAUCCAGAAAAUAUCCUGGAAGAUGAUUUUGUUCUACAAGCAAAUGACCCACAGAAGGGGGGAUCAGAUGCUGAGGAUGAAGAUGAGUGGGAAGAUGUGGAGGAUGAUAGUGAUGAAAAGGAUAGUUGCAGUAAUGAUAAAGACUAUGAUUCAGAAGGGCCUUUAUCAGAUGAUGGGAUUAAUGGACAGAUGAAAGAAUUUCUUUUUAUGCAAGAAGAAACCAGGAGUCGUUUCACAGAGUAUUCUAUGACGUCUUCAGUAAUGAGAAGGAAUGAACAGUUAACCCUGUUGGAUGACAGAUUCGAGAAGUUUUUUGAACAAUUUGAUGAAGAUGAAAUUGGAGCCUUGGAUAAUGUGGAGUUAGAAGGCUAUAUUAACACAGACAAUGCUCGGUUGCAGGAAGUCCUGAAUGAUUACUACAAAGAGAAAGCAAAAAAUUGCGUGAAGUUGGAUACUCUUGAACCUUGUGAAGAUUUAGACUCUCCUGUGAAUGAAGAAAGUGAGGAAGAAAAGGAAGAGAUAGUAACUGUAGUUGUUGAGGAGCCAAAAGAAAAAUGGGAUUGCGAAUCCAUUUUGAGUACAUAUUCAAACUUAUAUAAUCACCCAACCCUUAUUAAGGAGCCAUCAAAGCCCAAACCAAUAAAAAUUUCCCAGAAGACUGGAAUUCCUCUACAUAUCUUGCCUCAGAAGAGUCUUACUGCUAAGCAGAUUGAACGCAUGCAGAUGAUUAAUGGCAGCGACCUGCCAAGAGCAUCAACACAGCCACGUUCCAAAGACGAGAGCAAAGAGGAUCGCAGAGCUAGGAAACAGGCAAUAAAAGAGGAGCGAAAGGAACGCAGGAUGGAAAAGAAAGCCAACAAGCUGGCCUUCAAAUUGGAGAAGACGAGGCAAGAGAAAGAGUUGCUCAAUCUGAAACAGAAUGUUCAAGGACUGAAGCUGGCUUGAUGAAACUGAGGAACUUUCUGUGGAAACAACCUCAAGUUUUCAUUUGUAUUGAGAAGGGAACUGCUGACUCAUAGCUUUGCCAGUCAUGCUUCAAGAGGGUUAUUCAGAUACUACUGUAACAAGAACCAGUACCUUGUCAUUUUUUCUGAAAUGCAGUUAUACAUAAAACAAUGUAUUAGUGAUGUCUGUUCUGUCAUGAGUGACCUGGCAACUUUUGCAGAGUUUCAUUACAGUAGAAAGGUAUUAAAAUUAUAAAAAAUAUAUUUUUCUUACAAACUAUCACUGGACAAAGUUUUAUAUACAUAUUUGCAUAUGUAUUCAACAAAUCAGCAGAAACUUACUGAUUUAUCUGAUUAGAUUCUUCUAUUAAAUUAUCUCAGUUUACAAAGCAAUAUAUCCAUGUUUCUUCUUUAUACUCAUGUUAAAUGCAGCAGAAGGACUGAUGAGGCCUUUUAAUGUACAGAAACAGUUCAAAGUGCUUGUUUUUAUUGGAAGAAGGCUUUUAUAAUAUAUUGAUAAAGUAACAUGGUUUUAGAGAAGGGAAUAAACAGGCAUUUAAAUCUAAAA